AUGAUUUUGGGCCUUGAGGAUGAAAAUUUAUCCGACCACCUAAUAAGCUCAAACGAAGGGACCAAUUCCAAUCGUGGAAGUGAACAAGAAGGUGACAAGAAUGGUGGGGAGGUGUAUAAAAAGGAGAAAAAUAGAGUGAGGGAGAUCAGGUUGGAGCCUUUUGAUCACACCGGACCAUAUGAACCUCUUCUUCUGUCUUUGCCGGGCGAACUUCCCGCCGUGCAGGUUCCUGCUUCUAUAAAUAGUAGACUUUUGGAACAUCAACGUGACGGGGUAAAGUUCUUGUAUAAAUUGUAUAGGAACAACCACGGAGGAGUUCUAGGUGAUGACAUGGGGUUGGGUAAGACCAUUCAGGCAAUUGCUUUCUUGGCCGCUGUGUAUUCAAAGGAUUCUGAGAAACACAUAAAUCCUCACCGGGUAGAGCAAGUAAACAAGAAGGGGCCUGUACUAAUCAUUUGUCCAAGCUCUGUCAUUCUUAACUGGGAAAGUGAAUUCUCCAAAUGGUCCACGUUUAGCGUUUCUGUUUACCAUGGUGCAAAUCGCGAUUUAAUACUUGACAAACUAACAGCAGAUGGUGUUGAGAUUCUUAUAACUAGUUUUGACACAUAUCGAUUACAAGGUAGCACUUUGUCAGACAUUCGGUGGGAAAUUGUGAUUGUUGAUGAGGCACAUAGACUUAAGAAUGAGAAAUCAAAACUUUAUACGGAAUGUUUGAAGAUCAGAACCCUUAAGCGGUAUGGUCUAACAGGGACAGUGAUGCAGAACAAGAUAAUGGAGUUAUUUAAUCUAUUUGACUGGGUGGUACCUGGUGGCCUUGGGACCAGGGAACAUUUUCGUGAAUUUUAUGAUGAACCUCUGAAGCAUGGUCAGAGAUCAAGUGCCCCACAGCGAUUUGUUAAAAUUGCUGAAGAACGAAAACAGCAUUUAGUGUCAGUUUUACAGAGCUAUAUGCUUAGAAGAACAAAAGAGGAAACAAUUGGUCAUCUUUUGUUGGGAAAGGAAGAUAAUGUUGUAUUUUGUGCCAUGAGUGAGUUACAAAAGCGAGUUUAUCAGAGGACGCUGCAGCUGCCCGACAUCCAAUGCCUUGUCAACAAGGACUGUUCAUGUACUUGUGGAAGCCCUCUCAAACAAGUUGAAUGUUGCAAAAGAACAGUGCCAAAUGGUAUCAUCUGGCCUUAUCUACACAAGGACCAGCCAGAAGGGUGCGACUCUUGCCCUUUCUGCCUUGUUCUCCCUUGUUUAAUCAAGCUCCAACAGGUAAGUAACCAUCUUGAGCUUAUUAAGCCUAACCCGAAGGAUGAUCCUGAUAAACAAAGAAAAGAUGCUGAAUUUGCUUCUGCUGUAUUUGGUACCGAUAUUGAUCUAGUGGGUGGUACUGCCCAGAAUGACAGUUUCAUGGGCGUUAGUGAUGUUAGACAUUGUGGAAAAAUGAGAGCUUUGGAGAAGUUGAUCAAUUCUUGGAUUUCUGUGGGCGACAAGAUACUUCUGUUCAGUUAUUCAGUGAGCAGGAUGCUGGAUAUACUCGAGAAGUUUAUUAUACGUAAAGGCUAUAGCUUCUCGAGGCUUGAUGGUUCCACUCCGACAAGUGUGCGCCAGUCACUCGUGGAUGACUUUAACUCAAGUCCAAGUAAACAGGUAUUUCUCAUUUCUACUCGAGCUGGUGGGCUUGGUCUAAAUCUCGUGAGUGCAAACCGGGUAGUAAUAUUCGAUCCAAACUGGAAUCCUGCUCAAGAUUUGCAGGCGCAAGAUCGAUCUUUUCGUUAUGGUCAGAAGCGGCACGUAACAGUCUUCCGUCUUCUUGCAGCAGGUUCUCUUGAGGAACUUGUGUACUCUAGGCAGGUAUAUAAGCAACAGCUGUCAAAUAUUGCUGUUGCUGGGAAAAUGGAAAAGCGAUAUUUUGAAGGUGUACAGGAUUGCAAGGAGUUCCAGGGCGAGCUGUUUGGUAUCUGCAAUUUAUUCCGUGAUCUUUCCAAUGAGCUCUUCACUAGUGAGAUUGUAGAAUGUCAUGAAAAGAUACAAGGGGAAGAAUCGAGUAUCAAUAAUAGUACAAGCAUCAACUCCACUGAAGUAGGACUCAAUUUUGAUCUACCCCAGAGAGUAGGUACAAAGAGUUCAGUAGGUUCUGAAACUAACGAGCCUACUAAAGAUAAGCGAAAGACAAGAACGAACACAACUCUGGAAGAUCUUGGUGCUGUAUACGCACACCGAAAUGAAGAUAUUGUUAAUGCUGGAAGUGGGGCCGUGGUUCAGGGUAAACCGAGAGCAGUUUUGAAAGAAGAUGUGAAUUUGAAGCAAAAGAUUCAAAUAGAUCUUGUUCCAGAGGAAGCAAAAGAUUCUGAUUCAUCUCAAAUUUGCAAGAGAAGGAAAAGUGACGACUGCAGCUUUCUCGCGACGUUGAUGGGCAUGGAGGAGUGUGAAUUAAACAAGUUGCUAAACUCGGAACCUCCAUAG